AUUUUUGCGAAACAUUUCAAAUAAUUCAGCGUGUCAGCUGACGAGCGAUCAGCUGAUUGUGACAGCUGAAACAUGACAGCUAAGGUCUCUGUAUUAUCUCUCGAACUGCUCGAAGAUAAAACAGAAAAUCACAGUCGGUGCUUCAGCUAAUCAACUAGAGAUGUCGUUGAUUACAACUAAAAUGGCGCCGCACGUCGACGUGCAGAAAACCCGGUUUACCCUGAAAACACUACAUGUGAAUUAGAAUCAUCAGUAAUUAGAAUCCAAACACAGUGCGAUGUGAUUAUGCAUUCUUGUUGAUAGUUGACGAUUGAACUCCGAUUCUCGGCAAAUUCAAUUAAUGUGUGAUAUGACGAUAUAAAAUGGCACCCACUAUUCAAACCAACAGCAAUCAAACCGACAGAGAUAAACGUGCGACUAGACCAGCGGAAAAGAGAUCUGAACUCAUAUGUCGAGUGAAAUAUUGUAACACGCUACCGGAUAUUCCGUUUGAUCCGAAAUUUAUAACAUAUCCCUUCGAACCGACUAGGUUUAUUCAGUAUAAUCCGACCUCUUUAGAGCGUAAUUAUAAAUAUGAAGUAUUGACGGAACACGAUUUAGGUGUUGAAAUUGAUUUGAUAAACAAGGACACGUAUGCAGGGGAUAUAAAUGCGCAGUUAGAUCCAGCCGAUGAGAAACUAUUGGAAGAAGAUGUUCUCACGCCGCAAGAUUCUAAACGAUCCAGACAUCAUGCUAGAAGUGUUUCGUGGCUUAGGCGUACAGAAUACAUUUCCACAGAAAGCACUAGAUUCCAGCCUCAAACGGCAGACAAAGUCGAAGCCAAAGUUGGUUAUAGCAUCAAGAAGAACUUUAAAGAGGAAACACUGUACAUGGACCGCGAUAGUCAAAUAAAAGCUAUAGAGAAGACAUUUGAAGAUAACAAGAAGCCAAUUGAAAGACAUUACAGCAAACCAAAUGUAGUACCUGUAGAAGUAUUACCAGUAUACCCAGACUUUAAGUUAUGGAAAUAUCCAUGUGCGCAAGUUAUAUUUGAUUCUGACCCUGCACCAACGGGUCGAUCUGUACCUGCACAGAUUGAGGAAAUGUCGCAAGCCAUGAUACGAGGUGUGAUGGACGAGAGCGGCGAGCAGUUCGUAGCUUACUUUUUACCGUUGGAAGAAACGUUGGAGAAACGUCGACGGGAUUUCACUGCCGGUAUCGAUUACGCUGACGAGGAAGAGUACGAAUACAAAAUGGCGAGAGAGUAUAAUUGGAAUGUCAAGAGUAAAGCCUCCAAGGGAUACGAAGAAAAUUAUUUCCUCGUGAUAAGACAAGACGGGGUUUAUUACAACGAAUUGGAGACGCGCGUGCGACUGAGUAAACGGCGCCAGAAGGUCGGACAGCAACCGAAUAACACGCGCUUGAUAGUACGUCAUCGACCACUGAACGCCAAUGAAUUCAGAAUGCAGAGAUACCGAGAGAAACAAUUGGAGCCACCAGGAGAAGAGGACGAGGACGAAGAGGAAGAGGAGGAAGAGGAGGAGCAGGAAACUCAACAAGAAGCAGAAAAGAACGACGGCAAAGGUUUGCCAGUUAUUAAAGGUUCCGAGGCGGAGAAUGAGGAAGAAUCGCGCGCCUCGUCGAGGGCAUCCUCGCGUGCGUCUAGCAGGAAAUCGCGAUCGCGAUCCGGUUCGAGAUCAAGAUCGCGUUCACUAUCCAAGUCCAGAUCACGAUCUCGAUCGCGUUCACCUUCUCGAUCACGCUCGCGUUCUCGCUCGCGUUCGCCGUCCAAGUCGCGCAGCAAAUCGCGCUCCAGAUCCGGUAGUCCUCAAUCCAGGAACUCGUCGAGAUCCAGAUCAAAGUCGAGAUCGCGCUCGGGAACGCCUACGAAGUCACCGUCGAGAUCUCGCUCGAGUUCGCGAUCUAGAUCCAAGUCGAGAUCGCGCUCGAGAUCGAAAUCCGCGACCGGUAGCGGUAGCGGAUCCGCAAGCGCGAGCGGCGAAAGCGGCUCUGAAAGCGAGUAAAUCGAGAAGCGCGAUCGAUCAUUUCGUUCUUGUUAUAGUUUCUGGUUCAAUUUCGAAUCAUUACUUGGACGAAUACUCGUCUAUUAUCGUCUUUCUUUAAUAAAGUAUUCCGCUUAUCCUGGAGAGCCAUACCGCCGAAUGAGUAUCAAGAUAACGAAUAUCAGAUGCUGUUUUGAGUGGGUACACAUUCUCUGAAGGUAAUACACAUCAUUUUUACAUUAUGUACGAAUGUUCGGCGGCACAAUUGAAAAAAAUAAUAAAUUUGUAAGAAAAA